CCUAUAAGUGGGCUGCCCGCGGCGCCGGCCGCUAGUGCCGAGAUGGGGGCGUUGGGCUGCGUCGUGCGCGCGAGCGCCCUGCUGCUGCUGUGCGGGACGCUGACAGGGAUCCUCCUGCCGCCGCCCGCGCGGGCCGCCGCCGUCAUCUCGCCAAAAUGCUACUUGUAUGGUUUGCCUGGAUGUCCAAAGAACUUUAAUCCGGUUUGUGGGACUGAUGGGCACACGUAUCCAAACGAGUGUGCACUUUGCCUUUCAAACAGGGAAAAUAGGAGGGAUGUCAAAAUUAGCUGGAAGGGAUACUGCUAAUAUGAUAGUAUUAAACUUUGAAGAAUAUGGAACAGAUGAAAGCCAAUCUGAAGAGGAAACAAUGUCUUAAAUCUGCCUUCUAAGUAGUUUAGUCUAAUUAAAUAAAAUGCCUAUUUUGCUCUUAUACCACUUUUGAAUACACCUAAUACCAUUAUUUUGUUAAAAUAGUAUUAAUGUUUAUGAAUGAACCUGUAAGAUUCCUUUAUAUGCUCAGUCUAUAUAUUUGGGGCGGGGGAAGAUAUACUACACUAUUGAAGAUUUCUGAAUCUAAUUUGAUUUUAUUGUCUAUAUAGAAUUUGUCGGAGAUGGCAUUGUUACUUCCUGGAGGGGUUGAGGCAGCUUGGUAUGUGGGGAUCUGGCAAGUUAUACUAUACCAUUGCUACAUCAUCCAUGUGUCUAACCUUCCUAGGUGUGGCAUAAUUUUUACUUGGAGGACCAAAUUUCUAAACUUGCUGUAUGUUCUACAUUAUCCCCUACCACUGCAAUGUCCCUGGUAUGGAGGUUUUUUAUUUUAUUUUUUUAAUUAAAAAGCCAGGAUAACUUGUUCUAGUUACAAAAAACUUUUACCUCCCCUGAGAUCUCUGCUUGUUGCUAUAGGCAGGGGACUGUCUUUUUCCACACUGAAUUUGCAUACAGAUUCUUAUUGAUGGUGUGUGGGCCCUAGUGGGAAUACAGCUUCCCUGCUGCCCACAAUGCUUAAACUUGUUUUGUAACCAUUUGAUUCUGUUGUUGAAAGCCCUGUGGCUUUAAUUGUUGUUUUAAUUGUCAGUACAGUAAGUUUUAUGCUACACCUAUUUUAGCUUUUCAGUCUACACACUGCAAACUACUUAUGUACACUUUUCACUUUGAUGUAUGAAUCCAUUUUACUUUGAAAAAAAAAUCUUGUUAUUGCUGCAUUAGUCGGUAGCAAAAGCAAAGUGCCAACUUAACAUUCCCCACAUUCAGUUCUCACUAUUAUCAAAUAAGAACUUCACUAAGGUGGAAAUGCAUUAAGCUGAUAUCUUACAUGAUACUGAUUUUAUAUAUAAUAUAACUUAGCCCCAGAGAGGAACAUAUUAUAGUCUAAGCCCUGAUGCUGUAUCAGGAACUGCUAGCAUAGAUCACUGCACCAUUGGGGAGUCCAUUCACUUUAAUAAGACUUUUCCUGGGCUAGCUAAUCCCAAUGCAGAAUCUAGGCAUAAACUAGUAAAUUAGCUGUUACAUUUAAUCCUUCUCAGGGAAGAUUCUGAAUCUUUUUUUUUUUUUUAGUUAGAAGUUGUCUGACCAAAAUUUCUACUGUUAAACUGUCACAUUAGUUUUAUAGGGUGAUUAUUAAAUAGUUUAAUUGUCAUACCCUGGAAGUGGGAACCUUGUUAAUUAAUGAACAAGAAACACAAAUUCAGGCCAAUAAAAAUACAUUCUUAGAAUAUAUGUCAGUAUGGCUCCCCCUCGAAGUGCGCAUGUGCCGCAUGUAUCCAAGCUCAGAAUCGUUGGAAGGGCAGUGUGUGUUGGACCACUUCAGUGUCCUGAAUGUUCUAAUUCCACCCCCACCACCCAAGGGCACAAAGAGCAGAGCAGCUGCACCCAUCCCUUGGUUCCCUCUUAUCACUGAUAGCAGCUAAACAGAACAAGUAGUGUCCACCUAUUACCCUUAGCCAAAUCUGCUUCUAGAGCAUUAGUUAGGGGUAAUUCCCCUCAAAAUAUUAGCUUCUUUUAUUAUGUUGUUCUGGUAACACCAAGAAAACCAAACACUCUAAACUAAAUUUGUCCCUGGGCACCUCUAGCCUUCUUUGCUGGGGUGUCUGCUCCAUAUAGGUGAAUAAAGAGUUAACAAGCUCACAUUACUGCA